GCGAGGGAGUGGAGCCUCCAGCAGCAGAAACGCCCUGUGCGCUCUCUCCUCCAACAUCCAUCGGCUGCACUCUGCUUUUCUAGCCGCGGAGGAGCCACUCUGAGCGAGAAGGAAGACGAACCAGACCUCGCUGGAAGAAAUGGCCUUUUAACACUAGAGAGAGUAACCCAGAAGAGACAUGGAUCCUUUGGCUUUUUCCUUCCAACACCACCUCCUCCUCCUGCUCGCUUCCCUGAACUGCUUCCCCGCUUCUGCUGACAUGAGACUCGGUUGCCUGUUUGAGAACGGGCUGUGUUCACCAUAUGAGAUCUGCGUCAACGAUGGUAUGUUUGGGAGGUGUUACCCUGUUCCAGUGAAGGAGGUUUACACCUACGAUGUCUCCCCGUCGGUGGUGCAACGCUUCAGGAUGCUGCUGGAGAAGCUCUCUAACAGAGGUUUGACCUGGAAAGAUGACACCACUCAGCAGGUUCUGUCCAAGGAGUUAUCCCAGCUGAGGAGGGUUCCCUACAGGCCACAGAAUGGAGCUGUCUACAACACUGACAGCAGGCCGGUAGCUGGAGCGAUGGACCCAGUAGACCAGAGGGUGAAGCCGGUGGAGGUGGAGCUCAGUAGAAAUCUGCAGACGUACCUCCAACAUCUCGGCCUCCUUCCCAAGACUAGUCUGAGCACCCUGGGCAAGGGUAACCUUUUCCCUACGGACUCCUAUCGCUCCAAGGCCCAGAUUCCGGCUCAGAAGUCAUCUCCCUCCAGCUUUUCUCCUUUUUUAUCUUUCUUACCUCUGCAGAAGCCGAGACCUCCAGCUGACCAGCUCCUCACCAAGCAGGCUGAGGGUGACCUUCUCCUGGGCGCCCUGAGGCAGUAUCUCUCUCGGCAUCUGUCCCCGUACAGUGGCGGGGUGAGCCCCGGGGAGCAGGAGGCCCCCUUGCCCCACCAGAGGCCCUUCUACGCCAAUGUGAUAGAAAACUCUGGACUCAAAAAAGAGAGCUCAAAAUCCAGGCUUCUAAAGUUGGGAAGAACACAGGGGGCUUCAGUCAAAGACCCUCUGACUUCUGUGGAUGAGAGGUUCAUCAAGAACGUUUUGAAGAGCGUUGGCAGGCACCACGUGGAUGUGGAUGGCCUGACGGUGCAGGAUUUGGGCCAACUGUCCAGCCUAAUAGCUGAUGCUCUGCAAGUGGUUGACCAGGACCAGGGACUUAACAGCCUGAUCCAUGCCAGACCUGGACCGAGAGACCUGAAGGAGGAAGAAGAGGAGGAUGCUUCCAGGGAUGAGGAAGAGGAAAAGUUGCUAGAAAACACUCCAACACUAAAACCCCAUGAGAGCACUCCCAUAGUCCCGGCAGCACUUCAAGAGGAUAAACAGGAGCAUACUGUGAAGGACAAGCCUGAGGGUGGAAACCUCUUUACCAAACUUCUGGCCUACCUGGACAAAACUUCCUUCAACGCCUCUCCUCCAGCAAGAAAUCGUGAUGUUGUUGCUAUGGAGACACCCGUAGGCCCACAGGUGGGCCUAGAAAAUGUCCAGAGCCGGACCAGCAGGGCCGGGGUGACGGUGCAGAAGAAGGACUCCACCCAGUCUGUGGAGGAAGUGUCGGAAGUGCAGGGCUGGAUCAAGGAGGUGGCGCCCCCUCCUGCUUCGCUCGUGUAUGAGGAGCCGCACAAGAAAACGAUGCACGUUCCCGAACUUCAGCUGGACGUCAAAGCCAGCAGGACGAAGGCAGACGAGGACGUCUUCGGCUAUGUCAUCACCGACACAGAUGGGCUCCAAACAGACGAAGGCCUCCACCUGAUGGAGAUCCUGGCUCGCAUGUCUAAAAUCCAGAUGACCGACUUCGCCGAGCUCUCGGUGGUGGGCCCCGCUGUGACCUUCCAAGUGAGCCCAAACACGCACAACGUCAGCACCGCAGAUGUGGCCUACGUGGCUGUUCACCAGAAAGAGGCUUUGGAGAAGGAAGCCAAGGUCAGCAUCCUGGAGGCCGGGGUCACCGAUGGAAGCCAGAUCAACCAGAUCCCCACCAAGUACAGCCAGGCGGAGUCCACCAAGUUCCUGGUCCUCACAGUCGUGUCUAUCCUGUGCAUCGUCGGCGUGCUGCUGGCCUCCACCGUGGUCUACUGCCUCCGCCACCGCUCCCACCACAAGCUGAAACAGAAGCUCACCAAUCUGGGAACAGAUACUGGCAGCGAUGCUACUGCCACCUAUCAGGAGCUCUGUCGGCAGCGCAUGACGGUCAAACCUCCGGCUGAGCGUCCGGAGCCCAUCUCCUCCAGGAUCAACAGCGUGUCGUCUCAGUUCAGCGAUGGCGGUCAAGCCAUCAGCCCCUCGGCGCGGGGCAGCAUCUCCUCCUGGAGCGAAGAGCCCGCCCACUCCAACAUGGACAUCUCCACCGGUCACAUGAUACUGUCCUACAUGGAGGAUCACAUGAAGAACAAGGACCGCCUGGAGAAGGAGUGGGAGGCUCUGUGUGCCUAUCAGGCAGAACCCAACGCCUGCACCAGUGGCCUGAAGGAUGGCAACGCCAAGAAGAACCGCUCCACUGCCGUUGUGGCAUAUGAUCACUCCAGAAUCACCUUGAAGGUGGAGAACAGCCAAGGCAACUCUGAUUACAUCAAUGCCAGCCCGAUCAUGGACCAUGAUCCCAGGAACCCUGCCUACAUCGCCACUCAAGGCCCUCUGCCCUCCACCGUGGCUGAUUUCUGGCAGAUGGUAUGGGAGAACGGCUGUGUGGUUAUCGUUAUGCUCACACCUCUUGUCGAGAGCGGGGUGAAGCAGUGCUACCACUACUGGCCUGAUGAGGGAUCCAACCUGUACCACAUCUACGAGGUGAACCUGGUGUCUGAACACAUCUGGUGCGAUGAUUUCCUGGUUCGAAGCUUCUACCUAAAGAACAUGCAGACCAACGAGACACGAACUGUCACUCAGUUCCACUUCCUGACCUGGCUCAACCAGAACGUCCCGGAGACCAGCCGGACACUCCUCGACUUCCGCAGAAAAGUUAACAAGUGCUACCGGGGACGCUCAUGUCCUAUCAUAGUCCACUGCAGUGAUGGCGCAGGAAGAAGUGGGACCUACAUCCUGAUUGACAUGGUCCUCAACAAGAUGGCUAAAGGUGCCAAGGAGAUUGAUAUUGCAGCAACUCUGGAGCACCUGCGGGACCAGAGGCCAGGAAUGGUUCAGACCAAGGAUCAGUUUGAGUUUGCAUUGACAGCCGUUGCGGAGGAAGUGAACGCCAUUCUGAAAGCUCUUCCACAGUAGGAAGGAGCACCUCUUUCUAAUGGACAGCCGCUCUCUUCUUCUUCCUCCUUUUCUGUCUCCUCUAGAAGACAGUACCUAUUAUUACUUCCCAAUGUUUGUCAAUGUAAAUCAGCUUCCUCUUUCCUUGUUUCCAUCACUUCCUUUAUCCUCUCAUUCUCCUCUUUGUCUUAUCCUUUCUCAUUUUAUCUUCUCUUUUCCCAAUCUUCAUCCCAGUUUUUCCUCUUCUUCCUUUGGGCCUUUGCUCGUAUUUGCUUGUCCCCUCAUUUCACAUUGUCUUGUUGCUUCUCCCAUCCUGUCCUCUCUUUACCCACCCUAUCUUGUCUAUUUCCUUGCUUCCUGGAUGGUCUCCCAAUAUGUCUGUCCCCAACUGUCCUCCUUUCCCUUCUGUAAUUCUCUCGUGUCCAUGUCUUUCUCCAAAUGUCUCCUCCUUUUCUCUCCCUUCUCUUUCUUAUUUUAACGUUGUCCUUUCUCCUGUUGUUUCCUUUCCUUUGACCACUGCCUCUUUCCAGCCAUCACCCCCCCCCCC